AUGUCUUCCUCAGAUCAUCAGUGUACUCCUGGCCGCGAACUGUCGAAAGAGAAGAAAGUUGAUCUAGCUCUGGGGACGAUCCGAUGCCUGAUAGCAGACCUGUGCGAACAAUUCAAAGGCGGACAUCCAGGCGGUGCAAUGGGAAUGACCGCAAUAGGCAUCGCACUCUGGAACUACACCAUGAAAUUCUCCCCUACCAAUCCUGAAUACUUCAAUCGAGAUCGCUUCGUGCUUUCAAACGGCCACACCUGUCUCUUUCAGUAUACUUUCUUACAUCUAACAGGAUACGCUGCGAUGACAAUGGACCAGUUAAUGUCAUACCAUUCGAAUCGGGCGGACUCGAUCUGUCCUGGGCACCCGGAGAUUGAGAAUGAGGGAAUCGAAGUGACAACCGGGCCGCUUGGACAAGGCGUCGCCAAUGCGGUUGGGCUGGCGAUGGCGACGAAACAUCUCGGAGCUCAGUACAAUAAGCCUGGAUUUCCUAUCGUGAAUAAUAUGACUUGGUGUAUGAUUGGAGACGCCUGUCUUCAAGAGGGUGUUGCCAUGGAGGCGAUACAACUUGCUGGACAUUGGAGGCUGAAUAACCUGGUCGUCAUCUAUGAUAAUAAUCGGGUCACCUGUGAUGGCAGUGUCGACUUGUGCAAUUCGGAAGAUAUCAAUGCCAAAAUGAGAGCCUGUGGUUGGGACGUCCUUGAAGUCGAAAACGACUGUUACGAUGUCGAAGGAAUCACGACAGCCCUUGAACAUGCUCGAUCGAGCACCGACAAGCCUACAUUCAUUAAUAUACAUACCGUAAUUGGUAUUGGUAGCAAAGCAGCUGGGAAUGCGACAGCUCACGGAGCGGCAUUCGGACCGGAAGACGUGGCAAACAUCAAGAAGAAAUUCGGGAUGAACCCCGAUGAGCACUUCGCAGUACCGGGCGAGGUGUACGAUUUCUUUUCUGACACAAAAGAAAAAGGUCAGGAGUUAGAAGAGAGCUGGGGUCAACUACUGGAAGAUUACUCGAAGGAGUAUCCUGAGCUUCACAAGGAGUUUCAGUUGAGAAUGGCAGGCAAAAUGACCGAAGACUGGACAAAACUCAUUCCAUCCAAGGACCAAUUCCCAACUACUCCUACACCGUCCAGAAAAUCAGCCGGACUCUGUUGCAACCCGUUGGCAUCGAAACUGCAGAAUAUUCUGGUUGGAACGGCGGAUCUCACGCCUUCUGUGAACAUGGCCUGGAAAGACAAGGUAGAUUUUCAGCAUCCGGAUCUAAAAACAACUUGUGGGAUUAAUGGAGAUUAUACUGGACGUUAUAUCCACUGGGGUAUCAGAGAACAUGCCAUGGCAUCCAUAUCGAACGGAUUGGCUGCAUUCAACAAAGGCACAAUUCUCCCUAUCACAUCUACUUUCUUUAUGUUCUACAUUUAUGCCGCUCCAGGUAUCCGGAUGGGCGCACUCCAACACCAGCAGAUUCACAUAGCUACCCAUGACUCAAUCGGCACGGGAGAAGACGGCCCUACCCACCAGCCAGUUGCUCUCGCAUCAUUGUAUCGUGCGAUGCCAAAUCUUCUAUACAUUCGACCCUGCGACAGCGAAGAAACAGCCGGUGCAUUCAUCGCUGCACUGCAGGCAACCUCUACACCCACGAUUAUCUCACUAUCACGACAGAACUUGGAGCAAUACCCACAGUACUCGUCCCGAGACGGCGUACAGCGUGGUGCGUACGUCUUUCUAGAAGAAGAGCACGCCGACGUGACUUUGAUCGGAGUUGGCGCAGAGAUGGUCUUCGCUGUCCAGACCCGUCAGGUACUUCGGGACCAGUUUGGCAUCAAAACCCGUAUCGUGAGCUUUCCCUGUCAGCGGAUCUUCGAGCAACAGAGUAUCGAAUAUAAACGAGGAGUGCUACGGUAUAGAUCUGGCAUUCCAAAGGUGGUCAUCGAGGCCUAUACGGUGAACGGGUGGGAACGAUAUGCCGAUGCGGGAUAUUCCAUGACGACUUUCGGACACUCUCUUCCUGGACCAGCUGCGUACAAGUACUUUGGGUUUGAUGAGCAGAUUAUUGCACAGAAAGUGGCGAAGCUAGUUGAGGAGCUUCGACAAGAUGGGAUUGAGUGCUUGAGGGAUGAAUUCCGGGACUUGAAUAACUAUAAUAGUUACUAA